UUGCCAGCAAUGGCAUUUUCUUUCCUCCUCUUGCCAACGGUGUUGCUCAUCCCGUUGUUCUGCCGCCAUGUCACUGCUCUACAGGCCACCGCUUUACGACAGACAGCACACGACCCUGGCUGCGUCCAUCUACCCGUCAUCCAUUCAACAAACGUCAACUACUUUUCCAGCAAACGAGCGGUCCAGUUACAGCUAGCCAACAGGUCAGAUGUGGCUUACUAUGCCCAGCUCAGCAUCGGCACGCCGCCGCAGCCCGUGUUCGUCCAGCUGGACACGGGGUCUUUCGAGCUGUGGGUGAACCCUGACUGUACAUCAAUAACGGGAGCCGAUGCGGCCUUCUGCGAGCGGACCGGGCAGUUCGACACGAAAAAGUCUUCAACCGCGAUCUCGCUGGGCGCCACGAAGACCUUGCAAUAUGGCAUCGGAUCAGCCAACAUCACUUACUUCACGGACACGAUCACGCUCGCGGGCAGCUCGGCGGCGCUCCAGGCCGUCCAGUUCGGCGUUGCCACCGCCUCACAGGACGCCUCCUCGGGCAUUCUGGGGAUAGGAUACGGGAAAGGCAUCGCCACGAAUUACCCCAACUUUAUCGACCAGCUCAGAGCCCAAAACGUGACCCGGGUCAAGGCGUAUACCCUUGCCCUAGGGAGCAAGGAUGUGGAAGAAGGCGUGAUUGUUUUCGGCGGCGUCGACACAUCCAAGUUUGCUGGGAAGCUGGCCAAACUGCCGAUCAUCCCGGCCGCACAAUCGCCCGACGGCGUCCCUCGAUUCUGGGUGGAGAUGCAGUCCGUCUCGAUGACGCCCCCGAACGGCGUGAGCCACGUCUACAAUGCCAGCAGCACGCCCCUGUUUUUCGACAGCGGGUCCACCAUGACCCUUCUGCCGCCAGACCUCACGAACGCCAUCGCCCGUGACUUCGGCGCCCAGGGACCCGAUGCCAACGGAUUCUUCAGGAUCGACUGCGCCCUGACGACACUGAACGGCACCGUCGACUUCGCUUUCGACGGGGUAACGAUCAAGGUCCCGUACAAGGAGCUCGCGCGGGAGGUCGCCAGCAGCCCACCUGUCUGCUUUCUCGGAAUCAUGUCAAGCGACCGCUUCACGCUUCUUGGCGAUACCUUCUUGCGGUCAGCAUACGCUGUCUUCGACCUCGAAACCAACGCCAUCUGGCUAUCACAAGCAGAGAACUGCGGCUCCUCGCCGGCGGCGCUCAACAAUAUCCAGGAUUUGGCGGCGGUGACCGGGAAGUGUGGCGUGACGGAAGCUGCCGACAAGGACACGAGCAGCACGGCAGUCUCCAGCGUGGCACCAGAAAGUGCCGAGGCGCUCCCUGCUCCCACGGCUAGUACCGUAGGGCUGGCGGCUACAGGGACAACCUCGCCGGGCAGGACGACGCCCACGGCGCCCACGGCGUCCACGACACCCACGACGCCCUCGUCCAGUGCUGGGAGCUGCUUCAGGGGUCAGGCCGGAAUCGUAUGGGUUGUGGGUGUGAUGAUGUUGCUGCAUAUGCUCAAGCUGGUAUUAUGAUGACAUCUAGACGCAUGGGUUCCUGGCGAGCUAUACCCGAGAUUAGAGAAGCAUCUGGCAUAUUUACCAUUAUUAAUCACCGCC